UUAAUGGCUUUAGGGGCUGGUUAGUUGUACAUAUGCAUGUGAAAUCAUAACUCUAGUACAGAUUCUGUAGUAUGAAAAUAAUGCAACGUGGGUGCAAUUUAAUCCAGCAUCCACAUCCUACACGGCUUGUUAAGAGUUACUUAAUGUUCAAAAAUCUAACAAUGUAAUUGCUGACACCCAAUGACUGACUGACAGUAGUGAGGCAUAUAAAAUCACGUCAUGCAAGAGCAAAAUCAUGGCAUUUUCAUCGUGGAAAUCCGCACUACUCUUUCAUUCCGUGCUCAUUUAGUGCUUUGUUUGUUUAUUUAUUUAUUUAUGCAAUAAUGGACAAUCAACAAUGCAGGAGGCAAAAGAGAGAGAGAGAGACGAACUUGAUACAUAAAAUACACAUGUCGAAAUGCUUAAACAAAGCAUCGUGGUUUGGGUAGCACGGGAAAAAAUGUGUACAAAGAAUGUAUAGGAUUUCCGUUUAAAUUCAUUCCACAAUGCUACGGACCAGUUAAUUGCAACGCCCACAAUCACCAUUCUCACGUUAUAUUCAUAUUAUGCAAUCCAAUAAUGCAAGGCAACCACCCGACAUUUGAAUCUUUUUGCCGUCAUCAUCAUCAUCAUGAGACAUUUUGUUUUUCUAUCGCCAGCAGGGAACUUUGUUUUACUUGGUUUAACUUUUGUUCACAAAUUCCAUCUCCAACUAUCUCAAGGUUUCUCAAUUAAGUAAGCAAAACGGCGAAUACUUUCUUUACAAGUACCAUCUUGUGAAUUAAGCAGACGAGAGGAUGCAAUGUAAUCUGAGCAGCAGCACCUUGUAACUUUGUAUUUGUGUAACCUUUAGUUUCAUCCUGGAGGAGACAUCAAUCUCUCCUCGUAAGGAAUAAGAGAAUAAAAUUCGACUCCUGGGUGGCUGGCUGCUUUUUGAAUACAAGAAAUUGCACAAGUGAAGCCAGUAGGAAAUGAGGGAGAGGCAGGUGCAUUUCAUUUUACGAAUUUUAUUCGACUUCACAGAAACAAAAAGCGCAAACCCUUCUUGUUUGUUGAAUGGAAUGAUGAUGAUAAUGAUGAUGAUGAGCGAGUUUCCUUUGUCUUGACUUUUUAUUAAGAUUUUUCCAAGUACUUUUUAAGUAUUGUUUGUUUUUCUCCACUACUGCUCCCACUUGCCACUUGUUUAAUUGUAAUUAUAUUACAUCACAUACGUACAUUUGAAUGUAUUUAAUAUGUUGAAUUUGAAACACCAAAGUUGGACCAAAAAUUAUGUCUCGAACCACUCGAAAAACUACCCUGUUUGGUUCUGAGCAUGUUAAAAAUCUUCAAUUAAUUAAUUUAUUGCAGUCAUGUCAUACGGCCAUAAGUUCCUGCCUUUAAGUAAAUAAUUUUUCCAACACACAAUUGUCCUGACAGUGAUUGUUAUUGGAGGAGUUUACUAGAGAUUUGCGGGUGACACGGGGCAAACUGAGCAUUUGUCUCACGCACCCCAAUUACAACACAUUGGGAUAGUUCCCACGACCAAAAAGAAGCGGGCUUCGAAUUUUCUUUCUUCAUCAGACGUUCAGACAGACAACACUCUCCCAAUCGAGAUUUUUUAUAUACGAACAUUACUUUCUGUCAAUAAAAAAAACUGAAUAUUAUCGAAAUGCACAAUAAAAAAGGAAGACAGAUAAAAGGAGUGCAACCCCCUCUCAGAAAACCAACCCCCCCAAGACGAUUCUGGACUUCUUCAAGAAGUAAGUCCAAUUACAGUUUUUACAAUAAAGCUCCUUCCUCUCCAACAAUGGGAUCGUUCCCAAAUAAUAAUACUGUGGUGUGGCAAUGAAAUGUUUUUUUUUAUUUUUGAAGGUCUGACGCCAGUCCCAGCUCUUCGAGUGCGAACAUAAGAACGGCUUUCAAACCCGUGCAGUCUGACCAAAUACGAACCCCGGCUCUUUUGAGGAAUGAAGAAGAGGCCAUGAGCUGCUCCCCAUUGCCAUCAAAACCGCGUCCACCACCAUCCGCAACUGCCACCUCCGGAGCAUUUGAAUUAGUUGAACAGCAACAGCUUGGGAUUUUGAACCCUAUGGUGUCAUAUUCUUCGAAGUAAGCACUCUUUAACCAACGAAAAGUUUGUUGAAUCGGUGCAAAGUAAAUAAAUAAUAACACUUCAUUGGUAGGAGGGACUACUCAACAAUGGAGGAAGAAGAACAAGUUGCCUCCACCACUACCGCAGUGGGAUCACCAACCAAUGACGAUUCAGCGGAUGUUCAUAAUCUCCCACUUCCUUUGGGAGCGCUCCCAUUGGAUGAGUCAUUCGAGUCAGAGGAAAUCACACCUCACCCAAAGUGGGGAAAGUUGUCGGUUCAUGCUCACCAGCAGCAACCACGGGUGGCCUUGUUGGAAUUUUACGAGAGAGUAAGGAAUAACCCGAAGCUGCGGGAUGACAAGAAUCUGGCAGAGCUGCAAAAGGCGGCGGAGUGGGGGCUCACUGGAACCGGUCCGGAAUUUACACCUACCAAGCUGAAUAAAAGAGGCCCACCCCUGAUCGGCUAUUAUUUUGACAACGGUAUCCAGAAUUAUAAUGCCGCGUUAUUCUCGGCAAAGCAAAUGAAUAAAAAUGUUGAACGUCCGCAUAAGUACAACCCUGAGUACUUAGAUCGAAUGAAAGCAUCUGUUCAAGCACACAGGGACAAUGCCCCAGACCUAGAGGUGUUGUAUAUUGGAGCCGUCAGUCACUACUCCGUCCAAGACAUCAUUAAGGAGUAUCAGUGGUCCCCAACUAUGGGACCGAUCCCAGUUCAUGACAGGUCAACUGGGACUGUAUUCUAUGUAGGAAUACAUGGUGGUAAACUCUUGGGAUAUCUGGGUAUCAGAUACGACCAUCCGCGGGAAAAGACCUCUCCUCUCUAUCAGAAUUCAGUUGGGGCAACAACAAAUCCAAAGAACAUGUAUCAAAUUACUUAUCGAAUGUGCGAUAGCCGAGACACGAGAGAAUUGGCUGAGUCCUUCAUUAUGCGAUACUCACGUGGAUGGAACCAAAAAUACGGGACUGAGUAUUUUAUUACGAAAGUGCGAAGUCUUAAGCAACAUCCUGAAUUAAAGACCAGGGCUGAUGAGUACGUUGCUGCCGGAAUUCCAUUAUUCGAGAUCGAUCCAAAUUGGGAUCCAUCCCAACAAUGGAAAUAUUGGACAUUGGAGGAGAUGACAACUCUUCCCAUCAAAGUUGGACCGUCGGAGGUGGUGAAGGUUUGGGAUGCAACCACUCAAAAGCAAGUUUACAAAUUUCCACGAGUGAAGAAUACUGAAGAAUUGCUCAAACAGUUUCCCAACCCACCUGAAUCAUUUUUCAAAGGAAAACCAAAACUGGAGGAUGAGUGUCGCGCAGUUAGAAAUUUGAACUAAAUAUUUUUUCUUUACCUUUAAUUUUAAUAUUAACUGUUACAAACUAUCGUUAGUUUUUAUUAUCCUCCUUUAUUUUUAUUCGUAUCCUUUUCUGGCGUUGGUUGGUGGUGGGAAUUAAUGAAUUCGAGAAAGACAACUUCCCA